UUUGUUAAAUUGCUGCUGCUUUUCGAUUGAUCAGAACUAGAAUUUGUAACAAUAUGAAUGCCCUAUUGAGAAAGGCUGCGAUCCAGUACCUGAAGACGAACGCUCGUUCUUCCACCCACGCUGCUACUGCUGGAGGCCAUGGAGGUGGCUACAAGCUGUGGAAGAAGAUGACUUUCUUCGUAGCAUUCCCUGCAGUUGGACUUGGUAUGCUAAACGCCUACCUGGCCCACCAGGAGCAUGCCCAUGCAGAGCACCCUGAGUUCAAACCCUAUGAUUUCAUGCGCAUUCGUUCCAAGCGUUUCCCAUGGGGUGAUGGCCAGAAGUCUCUCUUCCACAACCCCCAUGUCAAUGCUCUCCCCAGCGGCUAUGAGCACUAAUUUUUGUUUACUAUAAAAUGUUAGUGCAAUCCUGCAAAACUGUUAGCUUACAAAUUAUUCUGUAUUGUGAUAAGUAAUUAAAGUAACAUGAAAAUGU